AUGAUAUACUCAUUCCAUCUCUUUGAUAGGCACUGUCAUUGCAUAUACUCGAGAGAAUGGUCUCACAAAGAUGAGGGUGCAGUCAAUAAAAGUAACGAAUCUGACGCUUCCAAGCUUUUGUUUGGUCUCAUAUACUCGUUAAAAAACAUUUCAACAAAACUUGGAACUCAGGCAAAUACCACUCAAUCUCAAAACUUAUUAAAGUCAUUUGCUACUCAAAAUUAUAGAAUACACUUGUAUGAAACCGCAUCUGGGUUAAGAUUUGCACUUAUCAGUGAUGUAGGAUUAGACAACCUUCAAGCGGUUUUACAUAGGAUUUACACUGAGAUAUAUUUGCGCACUGUUGUGCACAAUAGUUUAUCACCUAUUGAUUUCAGAGCAGGUGAAAAAAUCAGUAAUAGUAACUUUAUACUUGAAGUAGACAGUUUGAUUCAGGGAUUGUCUGUGUUUCAGUAA